AUGCAGCUCAAUAAUUGGAGAAGCGCCGCGGCGCUGGCCAAGACCGUGACACCCGUCGUCGUCGUCGUCGUCGUCGUCCUUCUGGAAGCCAAGGCUACGAUCCUUGCCCCUGGUUCAGGUAUCCUCGAGUACACACCAGGAACUGUCAAGUGUCCACUGGCCGUGGGCCCCCGCUAAGCGGUCUUCGUUCUUUUUGUUGGGGGAGCGCUAGGCCCGAUUCCACCGACCCUUUUGCCCCCGCAUCGAAGGUUUUUUUUUUUUU